AGGCGCGGGGCUGGCGGCCUGAGGCGAUCCCGCGGCCUGACGUGGCGGGGGCGCGGCGCGCGAGACCCCCGGGCGCCGCCCGGACCGGUAGCUGGCGCUCGCCGAGGUCCGCGGCCUGCCCGCCGCUGCGGGGCCCGGCGGCCGCCUGAUCUCCGGGCCGGCCCUGGCGUCCGCGGCGGUUCUGAGGGCGGUCUUCCCGGCCUCGACCCUCGGCGCUGCGCGGGCGGGUCCUGCAACAGGCGUGCGGGCGGGACAGGGCUGCCGCCACCCGGCAUGACCUUGGUCUUCGGCCUGCGAGCCUCAGUUUCCUCAGCCGCGCUGAGGAUCGGGGUCUGGAGGCAGAAGCGGGGAGCCCGGCCUCCGCAGCUUUCGUGGUUUCCUGACAGAAGCCGGAGGUCGCGCUGUCGGGGCAAGAUCUCCGGGUGCCGAAGCUUCGGUCUCCAGGUCCGACUGUGCGCAGGUCUGGGCGCGCCGGCGCCGCGGGGCCGCUCCCACCUUCGGUCCCGCGCUCCUUGCCGGGGCCCCCCUCGCGCCGGGCGGCCGUGGGGCGGCCGCAGGCCCGGCGCGGCGAGGUGCCCCCGCUCUGCUCUCUGGGAGGCGCGUUGCAGAGCGCAUCGGAGCCGCCGUCCCUGCGAAGGCCCCUGCAGAGCCCGGGACCCGCGCCUUCCUCUUCCCGCGCGCCCCUCUCCCCCCGACCCCCUUUUUUCCCCCUCUCCUUUCCCUUUGUUGGAGACCUUGCUUCAUACUGCAAGGACUGGGGCUCGCUGAGGGCAGACACUGUUGUGGGGCGCUACGGGGUGCUGAGGGUCGCCUACUCACCGAAUGGUGUUCAGUUGAAAAUUCAGAAAUGCCUUUGGCCCAGUCGUAUGUGUUUUCGUAAGAAUUCAUCUUACGUCCUUCAGUUUGUAUCUACUGGGGCCAUAAGGACUUCGCCCUAAAGCUUUGAACACAAUGAUUAGAUUAUUCCUGUGCCGAUUGGAAUGGGGAGUGCUAGGGGUGGGAGGGGGUUUGUGAUAGAGUAACCUCGGUAAGAUGGAUAGGAGAACUAGGGUGCCGCUGAGCAAGCACCCGAGUACAUUCUUUAUUUCAGAAAACAGGCAUGGGAAAGGAAUCACAAAGGAUACUUAAUUCUUUAUUUCUUGACACUUUGUCAAUUACAGAAAUGUGACACUGAGAAAUGCUGUUUUUCAUCUAAGUCAGCAAAGAUUAAAAACUAAAAAACACUUGGUGAGUUACUGGUUGGAAUCAGGUUCUCAUACUUGGUGGUGGGAGAAUAAAUUGGUGCGGCCUUAAUGGAGGGCAAUUUGUUGAUACCCAUUAAAGUGACAAAUAUCCAUGAACAUUUUAAUGACCCAGCAGUUCUGUGUAGUUACAUCAGUAACUGCAUAUAUGGCACACAUCUCUCAGAUCCUAAUAUUUUAUCUUGACGUUUUUUUAAGGAAAUAAAACAUGCCCUUUUAAUCGUGACUUUGAAUUCCUGUAAUGUGUCUAUACUAUUUUAUACCUGAACACAUACCUGUAAGCAAUACUGGACAGUAUUUUAUGUGUUUUUAAAGUUUUUUGUAAAUGAAAUUGUACUGUGUGUACCCUCAGCAUGCUGGUCUCUGCAGCUCUGAAGUUUCUCUACACUGGUGACUAGCUUGAGUUCCAGGUGGCCCAUCUAGUUGGCUAAUGCGGGGAAUCACUGCGCCACAGUACCCAGUCCCUUGAAGGCUGGGUGCUUUUAUUUCCCUUUUUUCUGUUGAGGAACCUGAGACUCAGGUUGGUCAUGCGCUGACGGCCGCAGUAGUGGUCUGGCGUGGUGGUCAGGAUGGCGGAAGAGCAGGAGUUCACCCAGCUGUGCAAGUCGUCUGCGCAGCCCGCUCACCCACACUGCAUCAACAACACCUACCGGAGCACACAGCACUCCCAGGCCCUACUCCGGGGGCUGCUGGCCCUCCGGGACAGUGGCAUCCUCUUUGACGUCGUCCUCGUGGUGGAGGGAAGACACAUUGAGGCUCAUCGCAUCCUGCUGGCUGCAUCCUGUGAUUACUUCCGAGGAAUGUUUGCUGGGGGGUUGAAGGAGAUGGAACAGGAAGAGGUCCUGAUCCACGGCGUGUCCUACAAUGCCAUGUGCCAAAUCCUGCAUUUCAUAUACACCUCUGAGUUGGAGCUCAGCCUGAGCAACGUCCAGGAGACACUGGUCGCCGCCUGCCAGCUUCAGAUCCCAGAAAUCAUCCAUUUCUGCUGUGAUUUCCUCAUGUCCUGGGUGGAUGAAGAGAACAUCCUUGAUGUCUACCGCCUGGCAGAGCUGUUUGACUUAAGCCGCCUGACCGAGCAGCUGGACACCUACAUCCUUAAAAACUUUGUGGCCUUCUCGCGGACUGACAAGUACCGCCAGCUUCCCCUGGAGAAGGUCUACUCCCUCCUGAGCAGCAACCGCUUAGAGGUCUCCUGCGAGACUGAGGUGUACGAGGGCGCCCUGCUCUACCAUUACACUCUGGAGCAGGUGCAGGCCGACCAGAUCUCACUGCACGAGCCCCCGAAGCUCCUCGAGACGGUGCGGUUUCCCCUGAUGGAAGCUGAGGUCCUCCAGCGGCUGCAUGACAAGCUGGACCCCAGCCCGCUGAGGGACACAGUGGCCAGUGCCCUCAUGUACCAUCAGAACGAGAGCCUGCAGCCCAGCCUGCAGGGCCCGCAGACAGAGCUGCGGUCAGACUUCCAGUGUGUCGUGGGCUUUGGGGGCAUUCACUCCACGCCUUCCACUGUCCUCAGCGACCAGGCCAAGUACCUGAAUCCCCUGCUGGGAGAGUGGAAACACUUCACUGCCUCCCUGGCCCCCCGAAUGUCCAACCAGGGCAUCGCAGUGCUCAACAACUUUGUGUACCUGAUUGGAGGGGACAACAACGUCCAGGGGUUCCGAGCUGAGUCCCGAUGCUGGAGGUAUGACCCAAGGCACAACCGCUGGUUCCAGAUCCAGUCCCUGCAGCAGGAGCACGCCGACCUGUGUGUAUGUGUCGUGGGCAGGCACAUUUACGCGGUGGCCGGCCGUGACUACCAUCACGACCUGAAUGCUGUGGAGCGCUAUGACCCCACCACCAACUCCUGGGCCUACGUGGCCCCGCUCAGGAGGGAGGUGUAUGCCCAUGCGGGCGCCACACUGGAGGGAAAGAUGUACAUCACCUGUGGCCGCAGAGGGGAGGACUACCUAAAAGAGACGCACUGCUACGACCCAGGCAGCAACACCUGGCACACGCUGGCCGAGGGGCCCGUGCGGCGGGCGUGGCACGGCAUGGCCACCCUCCUGGACAAACUUUAUGUGAUUGGGGGCAGCAACAAUGACGCUGGCUACAGGAGGGACGUGCACCAGGUGGCCUGCUACAGCUGCACAUCUGUGCAGUGGUCAUCCGUCUGCCCGCUCCCAGCGGGGCAUGGCGAGCCUGGCAUUGCUGUGCUGGACAACAGGAUCUAUGUGUUGGGCGGCCGCUCACACAACCGUGGCAGCCGCACAGGCUACGUGCACAUCUACGACGUGGAGAAGGACUGCUGGGAGGAGGGGCCCCAGCUGGACAACUCCAUCUCCGGCCUGGCGGCCUGCGUGCUCACCCUGCCCCGCUCCCUGCUCCUCGAGCCACCCCGCGGGACCCCGGACCGCAGCCAGGCAGACCCAGACUUCGCCUCCGAGGUGAUGAGUGUGUCUGACUGGGAGGAGUUUGACAACUCCAGUGAGGACUAGGGUCCAGGUGCCUGUUGUCUAAGGGGUGGAGGGGGCUCUGAGGGAGCAGGGCCCCCAGGCAGUACUUUACCCUUUACCUUGGGGCACUGGCAGCCAGCCCUUCCUUCUGGUACUACCGCCCUGCCUGCCAGCCUGCAGCAGUGCAGGCUCUGCAGAGGUGGGUUACCCUUCCAUGGAAAAUGCUCGUGAAGGGCUCUGGUUCUCUGAUGAAGUUACCGGGCCUGCUUCUCCUCAGCCCAGAUGGGGUGCUCCAUCAGCCGCUGGCUUGGCCUCCCUGCUUCCUGGUUCUGGCCCCCAUUGGGCUGAGAAGGUGCCCUUCUUAGGGGGACCUGGGGACUGGCUCCCCAGGCGAGGGGCUGGGGUGCACCUGCCACCCGCCCCACAGCCAGGGGCUGGAGCAUUUGGGAGUGGCAAGGGCUGGAGAAGGAGCAAAGAUCAUAAAGUUGCCUGAGACUGGUUCUAGUAAGAAAUCCCCUACAGCUGGGCUUUU